AUGGAAAGAGCCAAGGCAGCGUUCGAGGCAUGCCCUCCGCCUGCAUCCAUCGCCAAGUCCAGCAAGCAGUAUGACGCGGCUAUCAAGCACUACGUAUCAGCCCUCGGCAAUCUACCCAGAGAGGCGCGGGCCGCCGUCAGCGACGUGCCAGACGAGUUUCUCGACGAACUGGACCUCGAGCACAACUCGAUCGGUUACUUCUUCGUCUUCGAUAUUCUCCUCUCCGAACGUAAUGAGGCGACCGAUGAACGGCCACCACUGUUGGAGAAGCUCCUUGUGUUCCUGAUGUCGUUCGACCCGGUUCAGAUUCGCUAUGUCAUUGGGCCGUUUUUGGCGUUGCUCGAGAGGAUCGUUAGGGGCGAGCUCUACUCGCCACUUGUUGCGGUGGAUCUGGCCACGACCGCCUUGCUUCGAAUCGACCCCGACGGCUCUACAUUCACCCCGCUCCAUCACAUUCUCGCCAUCAAUGCGUUCGCCACGAAUGCCGUCGAGCCGGCCCUCAAGCUCCUUGGCGCAGAUAUCCUCUUCUACCCUGGCAUGACCAAUUCCAAGGACACUCGGCCGCUGUGCGACCCGGACGUUCCCCCGUCGGCAUUCAUGCCUUCUGCUACGGCCAGAUCAGGCACGAUCACAAGCGCCAAAGUCCUCGAAUACGAAUUGCUCUGCGGCAUGGCCUACAUGGAGAGACGCGACUGGGCCAGCGCUCGCACGGCUCUGGAGCGCGUCAUCACGUAUCCGUGCAAAGAUAGAGGCGCGAGCGCGAUAAUGGUGGCGGCUCACAAGAAGUGGCUGCUCGUGGGCCUGAUGCACGAAGGGAAAGCGCCCAGUCUUCCAGCUCACACGCCACAAGGUGCACAGAGCGCGUACCAGCUCCUGAACAAGCGCUACAGCUCCUUUGCAUCCUUGUUCGACACGUUCAAGCAGGCCGAACUGAAGGAGGAAUUCGAGUCGAACCAAGACGCGUGGGCUGAGGAUGCCAACACGGAGCUGAUUGCCGAGGUCAUGGCGGCGUACCAAAAGUGGCAAAUCAUCAACCUUCGGAAAGUAUAUCUGCGGGUAUCCAUUAGCGAGGUGAGGAGUUCAACAGUGGAUGCUCGCACCGGACAGCGACUACCGGAUGACCAGGCAGCGCUUGCGUUGGUCCGAGACAUGAUUCAAUCGAACAUGGUGCAGGGGAGCGUCGAGGACGGGCCCACCGCUGGGGAGAGCUACCUCCAUUUCCCCCACACCGAUACGCUGUCCGAGAGGGACUUUGCCAUCGAGGUGGCCCGUAGCCAUAGGAGCGUUGAGCAUCUCAGCAGCCUGUACCGUGCCACCAACAAGCGGCUCAGCAGCAACAAGGACUACCUCCGACACAUGUCACAGGAGCAGAAGCGGGCCAAGAUGGACCGGGAAGGCGAUGCCGCUGUUGAGCUGGAGCAGAUAGAGGAUGAGGACCUCAUGACUGGUGUUAUGGCGCACGUUUGA